GGCAAUCGUGAGCGAGUCGGGAGGACUCCGCCUGUUUGCUUCCCUAUGUGGGAGCCGCUACCCCUCCUGCUGCUGCUCUCGGGGGCUCUGGCCCUGACCCAGACCCGGGCGGGCCCCCACUCCCUGUGGUAUUUCUACACCGUCAUGUCCCGGCCCGGCGGGGAGCCCCGCUUCAUCGCCGUCGGCUACGUGGACGACACGCACUUAGAUCGCUUCGACAGCGACUCGGCGAGUCCGAGGAACGAGCCGCGGGCGCCGUGGGCAGAGCAGGAGGGACCCGAGUACUGGGAGCAGCAGACGCGGAUCGCCAAGCGCCACGCACAGACUUUCCGAAUGAACCUGAACAACCUGCGCGGCUACUACAACCAGAACGAGGCGGACUCUCACACCUUCCAGCUAAUGUUCGGCUGCGACGUGGGGUCCGACGGGCGCCUCCUGCGCGGGUACAGUCAAUACUCCUACGACGGCGCCGACUACAUCGCCCUGAACGAGGACCUGCGCUCCUGGACGGCGGCGGCGGGCACGCAGGCUUGGAGAACCCAGCGCAAGUGGGAGCAGUCCGGUGAGGCUGAGUAUUGGAGGAACUACCUGGAGAACACCUGCGUGCAGGGGCUCCUCAGAUACCUGGAGAACGGGAAGGACACGCUGCUGCGCGCAGAAGCCCCCAGGACACUCAUAACUCACCACCCCUUCUCUGACCGGGAGGUCACCCUGAGGUGCUGGGCCCUGGGCUUCUACCCUGCCGAGAUCACCCUGACCUGGCAGCAUAAUGGGGAGGACCUGACCCAGCACACAGAGCUGGUGGAGACCAGGCCUUCAGGGGAUGGAACCUUCCAGAAGUGGGCGGCUGUGGUGGUGCCUUCUGGAGAGGAGCAGAGAUACACGUGCCGUGUGCAGCACCAGGGGCUGCCGGAGCCUGUCACCCUGAGAUGGGAGCCCCCUUCUCAGCCCACCACCCUCACUGUGGGCGUCAUUGUCGGCCUGGCUCUCCUCGGGGCUGUGGUCACUGGAGCUGUGUUGGCAGCUGUGAUCCGCAGGAGGAAGCGCUCAGUCCUGCCCUCGGUGUUCAGAGUUCUGGCGCUUCCCUGCGGUUCCAGAGAGCUGCUCUGUGGCCACAGGACGCAGUGUUCUCCCCGACCUUCCCUGGAUGUUUCCUUCCCCAGAGAACCUACAGUGUCCAAUGCUCUGAUGAGUCUCUCUCGAACCCUAGAGUGUGGAACAGCUGCCCCACUGGGUUCCUCUCAUCAUGAUGUAGGCAGGUAGAUAGGGAAAGGCCCUUGGCAAUGAAACAGAUUAACAAAGACUCUGGGAAGGAGAAUCCUGAGACUGACCCACCCUGUGGAUACAGAAAACAGACCUGAUAAGACCUUCAGCAGACCCUGAGGAGGUUGGACCCCUCCCCAUGAAGUUCCUCGAAUUCCCUCAACCUCUCCCUUAGUCUGGUUAAAAUAUGAUCCAGCCUAAAGAAGACCAUCCCCAAUCCCAACUUCCCUGAUAACCUUCUUAGCAACGGACUUUUACUUGGGAAGAAGCCCCAGGUGGGGGCAGGUUGAAGAGACCCUAUAAAAGACACCGUGAACACGAUAUUGAAGAUAAAGGUAUCUUCAAAGGUGACACAGAACUAAGCAAUCUAGUAAAAACAGAGAUCAACAAAUGGGACUACAUUAAACUAAAAAGCUUCUGCACCGCAAAAGAUACAGUGACCAGAAUCCAAAGACUAUCCACAGAAUAGGAAAGGAUAUUUACAAAAUACCCCUCAGAUAAGGGGUUAAUAUCAAUGGUAUAUAAAGCACUGGUUGAACUCUACAAGAAGAAAACAUCCAACCCCAUCAAAAAAUGGGGCGAAGAAAUGAACAGAAACUUUACCAAAGAAGAAAUACGAAUGGCCAAAAGGCACAUGAAAAAGUGCUCUGCAUCACUAAUCAUCAGAGAGAUGCAGAUCAAAACAACCACAAGAUACCACCUCACACCACAGAGACUAGCGCACAUCCAAAAGAACAAAAGCAACCGCUGUUGGAGAGGAUGUGGGGAGAAAGGGACCCUUCUACACUGCUGGUGGGAAUGCCAACUGGUUCAGCCCUUCUGGAAAACAUAUGGACGAUUCUCAAAAAAUUAGAAAUUGAGCUCCCAUUUGACCCAGCAAUACCACUGCUGGGAAUAUAUCCCAGAGAGGCAAAAAAGUAUAAUCGAAAUGGCAUCUGCACAUGUAUGUUCAUCGCAGCACUGUUUACAAUAGCCAGAAUCUGGAAAAAACCCGAAUGCCCUAGAACGGAUGACUGGUUGAGGAAACUUUGGUACAUCUAUACAAUGGAAUACUAUGCAGCUGUUAGAAAAAAGGAGGUCACAAAUUUUUUAUUUAAGUGGAUCGGCAUGAAAAGCUUCAUGCUAAAUGAAAUGAGUCAGAAAGAGAGAGACAGACAUAGAAAGAUUGCACUCAUCUAUGACAUAUAGAAUAAUAGAGUGGGAGACUAACACCCAAGAAUUGUAGAAACAACUACCAGGAGGUUGACUCCAUGGCUAGGAGGCUGGCCUCACAUUCUGGGGAAAGGGCAACUCAGAGAAGGGAUCACCAAGUAUAAUGUAGUCGAAGGCCAUGUGGGAGAAGGGAGUUGCGGGCUGAAUGAGGGCUAGAGACUGAGCACAGUGGCCACUCAACACCUUUAUUGCAAACCACAAUAGCUAAUUAGAGAGAGAGAACAGAAGGGAAUG